GUGUUUCAAGUGAUAAUCGCUCCGUGUUCGUCGGGUAGUUAAUCGCUGUGCAUAUUUGAUUUAUACUUAUAUUCCACAAAAAUUAAUCUUGCGUAAACAAGUAUCAGAGAACAAAUUGACGAAUGAUCAUAUUACUAAGUAUCAGUAUGAUAAAAAACUUGUUGCUAUAUUCUUGUGAUCGGAGGAUCGUUGUCGUUCGUUGGAUUGCGUCGAGCUAGUUUCUAUCGGGACCGAAAAUACAUUGUAUAUGUAACAAGUGUCAAGUCGAAACGAAUCGGUCAUAUUAGUGUGUUAAUUAAUGCGAUCGCGAUUAAAAGCAAAAGAUUAAAUUGUUUACUAACCUGUAAUUCGUGUUAUCACAUAACGUUACAACAUAUACCGUGUCGAGACUACCGAAUCGGUCGACGAGUGAUCGUCAUAUUUCCGUAUUUACUUGAUCGAGGUGCAUCGUGUGUGCAAUAAGCGUGCAAAGUGGCAAGUCGUUAAUUAGUACGCGAGAUCAUAAUUAACGGCGUGUUUCCGAUGGAUUCGUACGUGUGUGAGAGAUUGUUUGGAACAUAGUAUUGGCUAGAAACAGGAAUGCGGAAUGCGGAACCAGGAUGCAGGAUGCAGGAUGUAGGAGCAGCGAGGUGGCAUCGGCGAUGCAUCGACCGGGAUUGGCGAGAAUUUCAAUGGAGCAGGAUCCGUGAACAGCGCCAUUCCAAAAUCAUACGUUUGAGCACACAUUCACUGAUGACGCGCGGACAUAACAAAGACCAGUCUGCGACUCCAAGUGAAGGCACGAAGGAAGGAAAAAGAAGGAAGGAAUAAUGACCACUGAUGACGUCACGCAAUACCUUCCACACGCAUAGUGCAUUCAGAUGCCACGUUGAAGUCCCGCAUCGAGGAAACAUCGACCAUCUAUAAAGAUUACAUCAUUGAUGAAACAUCCAUUUGGCACGAUUGAGCAUUCUAUAUGCACACGGGGUUCCCAAUGUCUACAGCCGGUCCUGCGGGAUAACCAGUGCUUGUACGAGAAGAUCCGUCUGUUCGUGCGGUGGAUGGCGGCCGCUAGUUUGCCGUGCGAGAGAACGCUGUACAAGUACCACAAUAAUAUCGCGACGAGCAUGAGCGAACGGCGUGCAGCGUGUAGCACGGAGCUGUUUGUGCAUCGCGAGUGACUGUGCCUUGCAUAUUCCGUGUGCAUUGUGUGCAUCGUAUGCAUCGUUUAUUCUCUUGUCUUUCCCUCAAGCCUCUGUUCUGUGCCUCUACGAGCGACGGAGAGGAGAUGCCGUGGUACCAUCGACGGAGCAAAUUCUCAAACACCGUUACAGAUCACGCUAAAUACCAUUGGCUGUGAUAAUAAACAACGUAAUGAUUUUAUCCCAACAUCGUGACGCGAUUCUUCGAUAAACAGAAAAAUGCCCAUCUUUGAAUUGUUGGUAGCAACAUAAUGAACAUCUUUGAACUCUCAUGUCUAUUGCGUGAAACAUCUCCAAACUUACAAACGAGAUUUCAAUACUUUGAUUAUUGAACGAUAAACAAAAACACCAAAAUGAAUAGAGUAGAGAGUGCAGAUGCUGGUAAGGGCUGGCAUGAAUGUGCCACCUGGUUGACAAGAUGCGGUGCACUGCGAGCAGAUCACAAGGCCAACUGGCCACAGGCCAGGGCAUUCGACUUGGCCUAUACCUUGCGAGAUGGUGUACUGCUGUGCAAUCUACUGAACAUUGUGGAUCCAGGUUGCAUAGAUAUGAAGGAUGUAAACCAAAAACCACAAAUGGCACAAUUCCUGUGUUUGCGUAACAUAAAAGUCUUCCUGUCGGCAUGCUCAAGCGUCUUUGGCCUCUCCGACUCGGAGCUUUUCGAGCCGUUUAUGCUAUUUGAUCUGUCUAACUUUCAUCGCGUUCUCUGCACGCUCUCCGCCUUGUCCAACUGUUUGCGUUUCAGACGGAAGGGUAUACCCGGGUUUUCUGUUGGCCAUGGAAAGUCUCAAGAAGACAUUUACAGAGAUUUACAAAGUGCUGGCGCAGGCCGCGAGGAUGAGGGUCGUCGCAGGAGAUUUAGGAGACGGGAGGGUGACGAGUCGGUCGUCGGGGGGGAUAAUGAGGACCCGGUCGGCGAGGAAGAUGGUUACGGAGCUUUUUGCAGCCACGCGCAAAGCGAAGAGAUCUACCAGGACCUCUGUAGUCUACACUUGCCAUCUCCUCCAUCCGCUGCGCAGGCUGGCGCUAUUUGCGGAGGUGAGAAAAGGGAUUAUGUGAUCCAGGAGCUUGUGGAAACUGAACGGAAUUACACAGAAGUUCUUAGUAGUCUCCUCAGGCAUUUCGCCCGACCAUUAUCAUCUUUAUUGCGACCCGAAGACUCCAAUCGCAUCUUCUUCGGCAUCAAGGAACUCACGGAGAUCCACGUAGGCUUUCAUAGUCAAUUGCGCAAGGCACGGAACGGUACAGUGCUCGCCCAGGUCUUCCUGGAUUGGCGGGAGAAAUUUCUCAUUUACGGCGAUUACUGCGCAAAUCUUACCAUCGCGCAAAAUACUCUGCAGGAAUCGUGCACACGUAACGAAAUAGUCAAUCAGGAAGUUAUCAGAUGCCAACAAGAAGCUAACAACGGUAAAUUUAAGCUGCGCGAUAUAUUGUCCGUGCCAAUGCAAAGGGUGCUCAAGUACCACUUGCUGUUGGACAAAUUGGUAGAGGAAACUCCUCACGAGUGGGGCGAGGAAUGUCACGCGCUGGCGAAGGCAAGGGAAGUCAUGGUCGAUGUCGCUCAGUACAUAAACGAGGUGAAGCGCGACUCCGAUACAUUGGACAUCAUAAAGGACAUUCAAGCUUCGAUCAUCGAUUGGGAUGUGCCCGAGGACGCACAGCUGAAGGACUUUGGCCGGUUACUUCGCGACGGCGAGCUUAAGGUGAAAGCUCACAAUGACCAACGGAUCAAGGCUCGUUAUGCAUUUGUGUUCGAGCAAGUGGUAUUAAUCUGCAAAGCGGGCAGAGGAGAUCAAUACUGUUACCGGGAAACUUUACGGUUAGACGAUUACAGACUGGAGGAUCACAUAGGACGACGAACAUUGGGCAGAGAUUCGCGCUGGUCCUACCAAUGGAUACUUGUACAAAAACAGGGGUCCACAGCGUACACGCUAUAUGCAAGAACGGACGAGCAGAAGCAGAUGUGGAUAAAGGCGCUGCAAGACGCGAUGGACAAUGUCAAUCCCGCAGCUUGUCGCAAUACCAAUCAUAAAUUUAAGUUGACGACGUUUGAUACUCCCAGGAGCUGUCAACGGUGUGGAAAAUUUCUUAAAGGCCGCAUAUUCCAGGGUUACAAGUGCGAAACGUGUCGCAUAGCCGUGCACAAGCAAUGUAUUGCGCAUUCGGGUCGCUGUAUGCCGACACCGCCGUCGCCGACACCACCACCACCGUUACCUUGCGAACGCGCGCUUGCCGUGAAACUGUGGUUCGUCGGAGAGAUGGGUAGGGAAGCAGCUUCCAACAAACUGGAAUCUCGCGAAGACGGCACGUACAUGCUACGCGUCCGUCCGGCUGGACAGCCGCGUCUCAAGCAUGAAACCAAUUAUGCUCUCAGCAUUAAAGCGCAAGGAGCGGUGAAACAUAUCCGAGUAUUCAAGCGCGACGUGGAAGGCGCGGAUCUGUAUUAUCUCAGUGAAUCUCGCUUUUUCAAAAGCGUUGUUGAAUUGGUCGAGUAUUACGAACGAGAGUCGCUGUCAGAGAAUUUUGAGAAGCUGGACCAGCGUUUGCUGUGGCCGUAUCGGCGUGUCGUAGCCAAGGCACUGUUCGAUUACCACGGCAACGAACGUAAUCAGCUGAAUCUGCGACGAGGUUGCAGAGUCGUGGUACUGAGCAAGGAAGGCGAUGCCAAAGGAUGGUGGAAAGGUAAAGUAGGCGAUCAUGUAGGAUUCUUUCCAAAAGAAUACGUGGAAGAGGAAUAGUACUCUUAAUGUCGAAUCAUUAUUAUGUCGUUGCAUAUGAUAUAUCGGAUUGAAAAAGUUUCAAUUUAAUGAAAAGUCUAUUGAUAAUUAGCUAUUAUAUUAAAAUGAUUUUCUAAUGAAAUAUAAUGGAAGAAUGUUUUGAUAUAAUUUUUUUAUGAAACUGUAUUUUACUUUUAUGAAUUUUUAAGUCUUGCAAAUUUUAAUUUAUAGAAAUACGAAAUGUGAAACGUAUAGGCUUGUCCAAGUUUUUGUAUAUAUAUGAAAUUCUUUUUCCUACUUAGCUUCUCUCUAAGCAUCACCUUGUGAAAUUCUGUCUUAACUACUGUGUCCUAAGCCAAGAAUCUAAAAAUUAGAAGAAAUAUUGCGACAUGAGCGAUUACGAAGGCGGCACAUUUGUUCAAUAAGUUUGGAUAAAUCUAAUCUGAUACUAUUUUAUAACCUCAAAAUUGGAGAGAGAAGAUAUAACAUUGUAGAAACAGUUUGUAAUAUAAAUUCAACGCUUAGAAAGAGGAAUAUAUUAACGUAUAGUAGAUAAACAUAGGCUUUAAAAAAUUCUAGUAUAAAAAAUAUAAUGUACAUAAUAAUAAAAUAUUAAAAAAGGCCUUACACAUUUAAUGUUAUGAGAUCAUGAAAUUAUAUUCUUAUAAAUUUUUCAAUUUUAAUGAAUUUUUUAAAUAGCAUCAUGACAAAAAGAAAAUGAUAUCGGACUUCACAAUAUUUGUGAUAGUUGGUAUGAGAAAAAUGAAUAAUUGUAUAAAUAGAUUAACAUGCGGGACAUGUAAUUGAGAAGAUAUAUAUAUAUAUUUCUAAUAAUAUUUUUCAAAAUAUUAUAUUUUUCAACUUUAGUGCCUUUAAAAAUGUCCUACAUUCGUUCAAAAUAAAAUUAUGUACAUAGCUUUCUUAUUCUAAAAAAUAUUUUAAUAAACUUGUGAUAAUUUUAUUAUAA